CUUUUGCUCGGAGAGGAUGCUGAGGUUUACUAGCAAGAGCGGUUAGUCCCUGCGCUUAUGUUGUCAGUUUUUGAAAGAUGCAAGAUGAUGAUCAAAAUUCGUGAAAAGGACUCGGAUAAUGUAAUAUCUGAUGUCGUGUAAGCUAGAUGUAUCUUCAAAGCCUUUAGGAGUAUUUUGUAGCUCUGCUGGUGGACAGUGUGGCGUGUGCUCGCAACUGUUUUGUCUUGUUUGUACACAAAUGGGCGUAGCGUAGUGCGUCCAGUCAUUUUAACAGACGUUAAAAGAUGCAAGGCUACAGCCACAACCGUACUGCACACCGACUGUAGGCAGAAAUCUGGAAGACAGUUGACCAGCUAGCUCUGGAUAAAAUACAUAGGCCUAGGUUAAAAUGAUCAGAAAUGACGAUAAAUUCUGACUGUGAAUCGUUUGUAGCUUGUUGGUAGCGCGCUUGAAGACAGUUUGCUUCACCGCCGAGUGUGUAUGGGUCGCUUAGCUCAGACGGCAGUAUGAGUGCGGAGCCGGACGCUUUAGCCGUAGUGAAUCAGCUGAGGGAGCUGGCAGCGGAUCCUCUAAACCGGCGGGCCAUAGUGGAGGACCAGGGCUGUCUGCCCGGUCUCAUUUUAUUCCUGGACAACACUAACCCACAGGUGGUCUAUACAGCUCUGCAGGCUCUACGGUACCUGGCUGAGUGUCGUGCUAACAGAGAGAAGAUGAGGGGGGAGUUUGGGAUGCUGCUGAGUCUACAGAAUGUAGUAGAGAAGACAGCAACGCCGGGGGAGACGCGGCUGCUAGCAUCUGAGGUGUAUGAGCUGUUGAGGAACGUAGGAGCAGAUGGAGGAGAGGAAGAAAGAGAUGGAGAGAAGGAUGAAGAGACGGCCCCCUGCAGGCGCAAAGCUCAAUUUUUCCUCGGCUCAUCCAACAAACGUGCUAAAACUGUCAUAUUAUACAUCGAUGGCCUUGAUGAUUCGGAGCGCAGGUCCCUCUGUGAGGAUGCUCUACUGCGGAUUCGAGGUGUGAUCAGCUUCACUUUUCAGAUGGCAGUGAAGAGAUGCAUUGUCAGAAUCAGAUCUGACCUAACUGCUGAGACUCUGGCCAGUGCAAUUGCCUCAACUCAGGUGCUAAAGGCUCAGCAGGUGGUGAAAGGAGAGAACGGUGAUGAGGUCCUGAUUCCAUUCCAUGAGGAAGGGGAGGGUGAAGAGAAUGUGUCGAUGUGCACAAAUCUGCCAGAGUACCUGUCUGAGGAUGACAGUCCAAGCGUUGAGAAGGAGAAGGUUCUGAGCCGGGUUGGUUCUGCCAGUGAGGGCAGCGGCUGGCUUGCCUCUGCUGCAAACUUCCUCUCUAGAUCAUUCUAUUGGUGAUCACCUACUGUACUGAACACUCCUGGGAUCUCUAUAUUCUGGUCAGAACUUUCUGUUGGUGACCACUUCAUGCUCUCAGCAUUCCAAUGAUGACUCUUUGCUGUCCAAAUCUGCUGCAGGGAUCAGGGGCAGUUUACAGUUGCAGAGAAAACUCACAAUACACACACACUUCCACAUGUAUACAUGUGAAAGUAUUCAAACUGAUUUAAAGUUUAAUUUUUGUUGGAAAAAAAAGACAGAUAAGUAACUAAUUUUAACUUGUAGACAAAUUGUAAGAGCAUGUGAGUUCAUAUAAAAAAACUGAUUAGAAAAAUGUGUGAAGCAGGAGAAAAUGUUGAUGAUUUUCAAGGGGUUUGAAUAGUUCAUUAAAGCACUGUAUAUGUGCAGGGCCUUUGUCACAAAAUAUUUCCAGUCAUGUGAGUUGGUCUGUGUUGAUACGUACAUUUGAAAUUGCGCUCUGUCUUAAUGACCCUAGUGUAAAUAAUGGGCACAUGAUACCACUUUUUAUAGCAGUCCCUUAAAUGUACACACAAUAAUCUUAGUUUGUAAUAGGUUUAAAUUUAUUUAAUGGGCCUUUUAAGUAGACAGUGUGGAUCAGCAGUGAGUGUGGCAUUUACACAUAACAGGCUGUAAGAUUUUAAAAGUGGCACCAGUUAAUGAGAGAGCUGUUGAGAGGCUUAAUUUGACUACUUAAACUUAAUUGGUAUGUCUCAAUGCCUAGUGAGCUACAUAGGGAGCUAGGCAGCGUGGAAUUGAAAUGGAAGCUUAUUGAGUGAUAAAGCUAUUGCAUCACUUAUUUUUUCUUUCAACUGCAAGCUAUAGGUGUUUAUGCACCUUAGGCAUUCACAUUGUUGCAGCAUUUUCUGUUUUUGAGUAAUGCUAGCUAAGUAGCUAGGUAGCUCCUUAAGGAUAUAUUCACUCUCCUGAGAUGAAUUGUAGUUCCAGCCAUGUUAUUUAAUGCUUUCCAGCAGUUCAUUAUGUUUAGCAGUUCAUAAGUGGCAGGGCUCUUAAAUAUUGACCUGCCAGAACUCAUGUACAGCUUCUGUAUCCUUUACAGCAACCUGCAGAAGUGUUUUUCCCCAUUUAUCUCGACUUUAUUACAUUUAUAUCUUAAACUCUGAUGGGCACCCAACCAGGAGGGCUCACACAGAGAGUCAGGAGAACAACAAGAUAAGGAAUGGACUAUGUUCACCAUGACUCAAUAGCUCAAAUGCAGCGCCAGGAGUGGCUUAGGCACCUUUCUCUAAGACACUGUUUCAGAAGUAGUAGUAUUGGGUUCUCAGAUGUUUCCCAGAAACUGUCAUGCAAUGGUGGGUUGAUGCACAUUGCAUACCCCAACCACAGCAUUAUCACCCUUUGUGUUUCUUUAUCUUGAAGCUUUUAACAGGGGCAGUUGCCAGGCUGGAUGGAGUUAUGCUGACUAUAUUUGCUGAAGUGGGGCUCCAUUUUUAUUGUCAGUUUUUGUGAGCUUGCAUUGAUUAUCACACAAGGCAGCAACACAUUGCUUUGUGCUGGACUAGGCUGAUCCUGAGUCUCUUUGGCUUCAUUGGUGUGGCCCUACUGCUGGUGCCCCUGGGAUAGCAAGGGUAGAAAGUACCACCCUGAUUGCUUUUGCUACUGGCUUAGGUGUCCUGUGAACGAAGGAAUAGUCAAGAAUAGUUUAGAAUCAUGUUUGGUUACCAGACUUACCCGUGUCCCUUCUUUGAGUGGUUGGUCAAGGCAGGCAGGAUAGGCACUUGGAUCUGUAAUUGUUAGCUUUCUUGUUAGUGUUUUAGGAGUACUUUCCACUUUGACACCCACUGUAGCAAGCUAGUGGUUCAGGGAAAAGAAUACAGAGGACCAAACCUCAACUGAAACAUUAGCUUUUCGCUAAUGAAUCACUCAUUUUAACAACGAUCAUGGGGACUCCUUUAAAGGAGCAAAUGAUAUGAUUUGUAGUUUAAAACAUUCCAAAACUAUCAGCAGAAUGUGAUGAAAUAAUAGUUCUGACAUUGUCCAAGAUGUCUGUGUAUUGUGUUGUAGAGAUGUCUGCUGAAGUUAGCAUGCUAACCAACAGGCCUGUCCUUUUUCAGAAUACCACUUAGUACCUCAAGGGACGACAGUGAGUCACUGUAGCGUCAAGUCUGCCAUCAGUCCAACAUAAGAUGAUGGGAAAAUAUUAAAGAAUUGAGAUUGAGAUUGCAUUUGACGGUUUAAAAUCCUGCUGUACCACUCACAGUGUUUUGAAGAAUAGUCUCUCUUGUAUCACAAAACUUUUAAUCAGAUCCUCAAACCAUGUUUACCUGACAAAUCAUUUUUCAUGUAGGAUUGAAAGUUGAGUUGUUUUUGUAUUGAAAUUGCAGUUUGAAUGAGUGCAGUUUUUAUCACACGAGCUGCAGUUUUUUAAUACAUUUUAAUACAUUAUCUUAAGUUUUAAUGGGGGAAUUUUAACCUAAUAACACUUGGGAAAUGCCUGUUUGACCAAUCAGAAAAUGCACACAUGUUCUGUAUAUGUGACAACACAACCAUCAUAACUAAAUGGUAGUCCUGUGCAUUCUGCUUUCAAGGUUUAUUUACUUACACCAACUUACACUUUUGCACGAGUAGUGUGUUGCGUGUCCUUUGGCCUUUAGAAAAGCCUGAAUUUGCCUUGUCACUGCAAUUUGUGUGUGGAAGAGGGUAGGGGUGGGGGUUAACUCAAUAAACAGGGAACAGUUUCAACUUGAUUGUCAAUAAUACAUACUUGCACACUGUUUGUUGCCAAAUCACCACAAUAACCACAGCCCAUACACCCCUCAAAGGGAUUUGUUUUGCUUUGUAUCUGUAAAAACUUUCCAGCACUCUAUUUAGUCAGAAAAACAAGUUCUCAUUAUCUUUCAAAUUUCCUGUUGAUAUUUCCAAUUUUUCUAUUCUUCUCAUAAUGUCUAUCAUGUGUUUAGGUAUGAAAAUAUUCCUUCAUUGAAACUUCUGCCACUAAAGCAUAACAGCUGCUCACAGACACACAAUAUACUUUAAAAGUUGUGGUAUUUAUGUUAUUUAUACACUUUAUUUAUGGUAAUUAAAAUUUAGUAAUGAUACUGUAAUUACAGUUUUGGUGAAUAUAUUAAUUAAGUGUCUAGUCAUCUUUCUAUCUAAGGGAUGCGUCAGUGCCUCUGUGGGGACAGUCAGCAGCUCAGAUCCAUCGAUAACAGUUUGUUUUGUAAUGUUCAAUUAUUAAGAUGUAUUGUGCAAAAGUCUUGGAAGGCCAAGAAAAUUGCUUAAAACUGAUUAUCUCAGGAUUAAAUGUCCAAAAUACAUUCCAAAAAAGUUUGGGACAGUAUGUGAAAUGGUUAUAAAAACAAAAAGCAGAAAACAGAACCCCCCCCCCCCACACACACACACACACACACACUCCACCAUGACAAACAACUCUGCCAACUCUACAGUGAUAAUAAUUGCUGCUUUUCUUUUUUGACCCAGAGAGCGCAACGUCCCUUUUUUCCAAGAAGAAUUUGAAAGGUCGACUCAACAGACAACAAAACAGGUUUCCACUGUUCAUUAGUCUGUUUCGGAUGAACUUGAGCCCAGGGAAGUUUUUGAGCACUAUUAACAUAUGACAAUUGACAUCCUCUAUACAUAGUACAGUCUUGAGUUUGUGGAUGCAGUGACAAUGUUCAUUGACAGCAGUUUUAAAAAUAUUCCUCAGCCCAUAUGGUCAUAUCCAUCUCCAUACGAUGCUAUUUUUAUGCAGAAUUUGCUUAUCACUGUUUUCUGUUUUUAUUUACAUUUUACCUACUGUCCCAACUUUUUUGGAAUUGGGUUAAUAUUUUGCCUGUAAAGACUUUGUAUGAUAUUAUACAACAGUUAGUUGAGAGGUGUUCUAACUGUGCUGAUAUUUCGCCAUAACAUUGCGGGUUUUUCACAAACACUGUAUCACUCAGCUAAGACGCCAUUCUUAAGCAACGAGUUUGCCAACCAUUUGAACGUUUUUACUUCUUACUUUGCACACAAACAGAAAACUGAUACUUUUAAGAUCACAUUUGACCUACAGCCAAAUGUGGUCAGACGCUGAAAGUGAGACUAUAAUGUUACUAAGUUCCCAAACUGUCAUUACCGCUGAGCAAGUUUUUCAGUCGGCAGCUGUGACAGAAGAACACCUAAACAACCUGAAAUUAGCCAGAAAUUAACCACAUACCAUUCGCCAAAUGUGUAGUCUUAUCUUUAGAGUCUGAACAAAUUGGACUGAACCAUAAAACUGCCGCGAUAAAAGUGGUAAUGACAGUUUCGGGAUUUAGUUUAAGGAGCUGAAGAACGAACUCCCCCUGUUCCCCCCUCAUUGCGCAUGUCGAAAUCAUGACGUCUUCAGUUGCCGCUGGUCUACAGGGCUUAAUUGGCUUAAUUCGUUUGUGUUUGUACAGUUAUUUUGGCCUGUUCCUCGCGGUAAGCGGAUUAUCACGUAGUUUGCAAAAUUACUUGUAAUUAAACACGUCUUCAAGUAUAAAAUGUGCUGUUAGCAGAUGUUUUAAUGCUCAAACACUACAUGGGCUUUCUUGCUAAUGCUAGCUUUGGCUCUGUUUUCAUCUAAUUUUACUCCCAGUAACAUAAAUUAGAGUUAAUGCUGUUUCUGAUUUAAUUACCGUACAGGCAGACACAUUUUGUUGUUCAGACUUCAGUGAUUUUCAAGGUGUAUUUAUGUCCCAUAUCCUCAUGGGUCUGCUAAGAUGUGUGAAUAGAUUUGAAAUUUGUUGCUGAAAUAAAUAAACUACAUUACACAGCA